CUGGUCUCGAGGGGCGGCGGUAAUAGCGGCUUCAGUGGUUGGGGCGCGGGCGAUGAGUGGGCAGGAGGCUGGUGGCAGCCUGGAGAAGCAGCAAAAAUUCCUGCUUCAAGAGCCCAAUACGAUGAAGACAAUGGCUAUAUUUCUUACCCAAGAGGAAUCCAAGGGACUGGUCUUCCCAGAGGAGAAUCUCUACAAGGAUCAGAUGCUGGAGAAUGAUGCAGACAUGAGUCCGUUGGAUUGUGAGAACAGGACUGAAAAGAAGGAAUGGAAGCCAAAACAGGAAAUUUCUGGAGACACGUCAUUUCAAGCAACAUCAGAAACAAUUUCGAGUCAGAUUCCCCAAAGAUUUGAGUUGGUGGAAACCAAGGUAUGUGAGGAUGAGUUAGCGAAGCAAAGUUUAAAAGUUUCAGGGGGUGGACUGAACCAGACCCAUUCCCGAAAGAGAAGGUUCAGGCAAGUGAAUAUCACCCAAAGGAAAAGCCUUAUAGGAGAAAGCAACAAGGAAUGUAAUGAGAGAGAGAGAAAAGUCAAGUGGAGCUCAGACCUUGUUACACAUCAGAGAGCUCCUGCCGGGGAGGAAUCCCAGAGAUGUGAAACAUAUGAUCAGAAGCUGAAAAAAAAGCCAGAACUUACUGAAUAUAAAAAAACUCGUACUUUAAAGAGAAUUCAUGAGUGUAAUGAAUGUGGAAAAGUGUUUAGCCGGGGAUCAAAUCUUACUAUACAUCAAAGAAUUCAUACAGGAAAGAAACCCUAUAUAUGUGAUGAAUGUGGGAAAGGUUUUAAUCAGAGCGCCAAUCUCUGUAGACAUCAAAAAAUUCAUACUGGGGAGAAUCCUUAUGAAUGUAAUGAAUGUGGAAGAGUCUUCAGGGGGAGCUCAAACCUUAUCCUGCAUCGGAGAAUUCAUAGUGAAGGGAAACCCUAUAUUUGUAAAGAAUGUGGGAAAGCCUUCAAUCAGAGCUCAGAUCUCAUUAUACAUCAUAGAAUUCAUACUGGAGAAAAACCCUAUGAAUGUAAUGAGUGUGGGAAAGCCUUUAGUCAGAGUUCACACCUUGUUACACACAAGAGAAUUCAUACUGGGGAGAAACCCUAUGAAUGUAGUGAAUGUGGAAAAACAUUCAGACAGAGUUCACUCCUUCUUCAACACCAAAGGAUCCAUAGUGGAGAGAAACCUUAUGGUUGUCACAAAUGUGGGAAAGCCUUUAGUGGACGCACAGUCUUUCUUAAGCAUCAGAGACUUCACACUAUUGAGGAACAUGAUGAACAAACCUUCAGUCAGGACACAGACCUUACUGGACAGCAGAGCAUUAACAAGGAAGAGAAACUUUAUGAAUGUAAUGAAUGUGGAAAAGCGUUCCGUUGUAGCUCAGAUCUGAUUAGACAUCAAAUAAUUCACACUGGUGAGAAACCUUAUGAAUGUAAUGAAUGUGGCAAAGCUUUCAGUCGGAACUCAAUCCUUAUAGAACAUCAAAGAAUUCAUACAGGAGAAAAGCCUUAUAAAUGUAGUGAAUGUGGGAAAGCUUUCAGGGGGAGCUCACAACUUAUUCAACAUCAGAGAAUUCAUAGUGGAAAGAAGCCCUAUGAAUGCAAUGAAUGUGGGAAAACAUUUAAUCAGAGUUCAGACCUAAAUAGACAUCAUAGAAUUCAUAGUGGAGAGAAGCCCUAUGAAUGUAAUAAAUGUGGGAAAGCCUUCAGGUGGAGCUCAGAUCUUGGUAGGCAUCAGAAAAUUCAUGUUGGAAAGAACAUUUAUGAAUGUAAUCAGUGCAAAAAAGUCUUUAGUCAGAGUUUGGCCUUUACUCAGCAUCAGAAAAUUCACACUAGAGUGUAAUCAUGAAUAUAAUUAUGAGAAAAUGAAAGCUGAUUUUUCUUUUGUUAAAUACUGGAGAGUUCAUUUUAUGGUACCAUCUCAUAGGAAAAAACUAAGAUCCUUAAGAGCAGGAGAGAUUUUAGUGUGACACAUUUUAAUCAUCAAGAAUUCUGUAACUGAGAGACAUUCUAGGAAUGGUUGAGAUAGAAAUGUAACAUCCUUGCCUAAAAGCUUCUGUGGCAUCAGAAAAUGGUAUAAAUUGGGUAGAACAAUCUGACUCUCCUUAUUUAAUGUGCUCACCAAAGCAGGUAGCAAGUCCAGUAGCCCCCCUGCCCCUUCAAAUUAUUGAGGUCUCCACAGCAACAAUACUAGAAGACAAGUUAAGUAGGUUGAAUGUGGAGAUAUAGUCUUCUGGAAAAAAAAGUUGGAUCUAGUACUAGAAGAUCUGGUAAGAAAGAGACAACCUCUCAGCCUCAGUUUUCUCAUCUGUAAAAUCAUAGUGCCUACCUCACAGGGCUGUUGUGAGGAUUGGUGACAUAAUACAUUAA